AUGAGAUCGAUUCUAUUAUUAAGUAUUUUGGUAAGCGUUGUGGUAUGCGACAAAUGGGCACUGUUUGUAUCAGGUAACUAUGGUUGGUUCAACUAUUGUAUCACUUCCACAGUUUGCAGAGGGUAUACUAUUCUGCAUGAUGCCGGUGUACCAGAAGAUCAUAUGGUUUAUAUGGGUUUCACUGAUAUUGUGAAGGACCCAGAUAAUCCUUUCCCUGGUAAGAUCUUCACGGAUCCGGAUCCUGAAGGUCCUGGUAUUGAUUACGCUCCUGGAUGCCUGCCUCAUAUGGAUUACUCUAACAAUAUGGUGAGUGCUGAACUGUUUAUGGCGACGCUGAGCGGAGACAAGGAGGAGGUGACUAGACUGACCGGUGUCAAGAACCCCAAAGUGAUUGAGUCUGGUCCGGAGGAUACUGUGUUUGUCUAUUACAUGGAUCAUGGAGCUAUUGGCUUCUGCGAGGUGGGAAAGUCUGAUCUGCAUGAAGAGGUUUUGAUAAAGACCAUCAACAAGAUGUAUGAGAACAAGCAGUACAAGCAGCUGUGUUCUAUUUCGAGGCUUGCCAUUCUGGUUCGAUGUUCCAAUCUAAUAUUUAGUGGAAAGAAAGCAAUUCGCAAAUUGUUAAUUGCUAACAAUGGAAUUGCCGCCGUCAAAGCGAUCCGAUCCAUUCGAAAAUGGUCGUACGAGACAUUCGAGAAAGACCGAAUCAUUACGAUCGUCGUAAUGGCUACUCCAGAGGAUCUCGCUGCCAAUGCAGAGUAUAUCCGCAUGGCGGACCAAUAUUUCGAGGUGCCUGGAGGUGCCAAUAACAACAAUUAUGCAAAUGUAACUAGAAUUCUAGAGAUUGUUGAAACUGCCGGAGUAGACGCCGUGUGGGCUGGAUGGGGACAUGCCUCCGAGAACCCCUCUCUCCCGGAGCGUCUGAGCAAGAUGGGCGUCUUAUUUUUGGGACCUCACAGUGGAGCAAUGAAGUCACUGGGAGAUAAAAUCGACUCAACCAUCAUUGCCCAGUCCGCUCGCGUGCCGACUCUUCCCUGGAACGGCAGCCAUGUGAAAGUGGACCAAGGCUACGUGACAAUCCCCGACGAGAUCUAUGAGCAAGUCAACAUCCACAAUCUAGAGGAAGCAGAGGAAGCGUGCCGAUCUGUCGGCUUCCCUCUCAUGAUUAAGGCCAGCGAGGGAGGUGGUGGCAAGGGUAUUCGUACCUUGACCUCGAUGGAUCAGCUGGAAUCGGCUUUCCGUGCUGUUCAGAGCGAAGUUCCUGGUUCACCCAUCUUCAUCAUGCGUCUUGCUGAGCAUUGCCGACACUUGGAAGUGCAGCUGAUUGCCGAUGAGUACGGAAACGUGAUUUCCCUGUCGGGACGUGACUGCUCUGUGCAGCGUCGUCACCAGAAGAUCAUCGAAGAGGGACCUCCCACGAGUCCUUCUCCCGAUGUGUGGCAGGACAUGCAGCUGGCGGCUGUGCGUCUGGCCAAACUCGUUGGGUACACAAAUGCAGGUACUGUGGAGUAUCUGUACAUGGAAGACAACACUUAUUCCUUCUUGGAGCUGAACCCGAGAUUGCAAGUGGAGCACCCGGUCACUGAAAUGAUCACAAACGUGAAUCUCCCCGCCUCCCAGCUGCAGGUUGCGAUGGGAAUUCCACUGUACUGCAUUCCCGACAUUCGCCGACUGUACGGACUGAACGAGAACGACGUGACUCCCAUCGACUUCGAUACGGAGCCGCCCAUCGAGCCUCGCGGCCAUGUGAUUGCCUGCAGAAUCACGGCCGAGAAUCCGGAUGCGGGAUUCCAGCCCACUUCGGGCGCCAUUCGCGAGCUGAAUUUCCGUAGUACCGCGAACGUGUGGGGCUAUUUCUCCGUGGAUGGUUCUGGGCGUGUGCAUGAAUACGCGGAUUCGCAGUUUGGCCAUUUGUUCUCCUGGGGCACGACCCGAAACAUUGCCCGAAAGAACAUGGUCCAGGCGCUUCGUGAGUUCAGUAUUCGAGGAGAGAUCCGAACCACGAUCGAGUAUUUGCUCCAGCUCAUGCAGAAUGAGAGCUAUGUGAAGAAUCAGAUCGAUACGAAUUGGUUGGAUACCCUGAUUCGAAGCAACCUCCAAACCACCAAGCCCGAUGCUUGCUUUGUGGUGCUGGUUGCGGCUGCUUGCCGCAGUUUCAUUCAGUUCAAGCAGCGAAAGAACGAGUAUCUCAGCUUCGUUCGUCGAGGGCAGAUUCCUCCCUCGGAGUUGCUGAGCACGUGCUGCCACGAAGAUCUGAUUUAUGACAACAUGAAGUAUGCGAUCGAUGUCCAUCUGAGCGCAGAUUCGCUGUUGACUCUGUCCGCGAACAACUCGUUUGUCCAAAUGCAGAUUCGAGAGUUGGCGGACGGAGGAUUCUUGCUCAACACGAAUGGCCAGUCCCACGUCGCCUAUGUCAUGGAAACGUCGUCCGGACUGCGCCUGAACGUGGACGGAAUCACCUGCAUUUUCUCUCAGGAAUACGAUCCCACCAUUCUUCGAUGUCCCAAUUCUGGAAAGCUGGCUCGCUUCCUCGUGCGCUGCGGCGAUCACUUGGAUCAGGGCCAGGCGUUCGCCGAGAUGGAGGUGAUGAAGAUGUACCUGCCUCUGACAGCGCAGGAAAGCUGCACAAUCACUUCCUUGGUGAAGUCCGCGGGCUCGGUUGUCCAGUCGGGAGAUAUUCUUGGCUAUGUGAAGCUGGACGACCCCAGCAAGGUGCGUCGCGCCCAAGUGUUCACCGCCAAGCUGCCCACCUUCGAGGUUUCUUCCUCGGUGCAGGUGAAGCGACCUCACCACUUGAUCAAGAUUGCGAUCAGUCUGAUGGAGGCGUUCAUUAACGGGUACUGGGUUCCUCUCAACCAGAUCGACAACAGCUUGGAUUCCUUCCUGGAGGCUGUGCACGAUCCCAGCCUUCCGUUCUAUGAGUAUCUGGAUGUGCUUUCCACGAUGGAGGCGUGUCUCCCUGACUCUCUGAAGGAAGAACUCAACGCCGUGCUCUUCCAGCAGACGCUUCCCGACUCUUCUCCGCGCAGCACCAGCCAGGAAGAAGAAAGACAGGUGACGCAGUCGUUCCGAGAAGAGUUCCCUGCGAAGCAGAUUCGCCAGAAUCGAGCAGAACUGCAGCAAAUCGUGGGUCCUCUGUACGAGGUGGUUGGCAAAUAUGGCAGCGGACUUGAGGGAUAUGCGAUCUCCAUUCUGUUCCAUCUGUUGGACGUGUACAUCGUGAAUGAGCGGUCCUACGAGACGCUGGGCAAGCCUGGAGACACGAUGGACUUCUCUCGCAAGAAUACGGAUAUGGCGUAUUGCGAGCAGGUUUGGCGCUGCAUGUUCAGCCACAUCCAGAUGAAGCAGAAGGGCGAUCUCAUCAUCCGGGUGAUGAACUUGCUCAGCUCUCUGAUUCCCUCGAUGCACGAAGAGAGCAAUCACCUCAAUAAGGUGCUGCAGGAGAUUUCGUCCUAUUCGGACCACUCUUCCACCUCGAUUUCGCUCGAGGCGCGCCAAUUGCUGCUUCAGCGAAAGCUUCCUUCGCGCCAGGAGGAAUUGGAGGUUGUGCGCAACGCUCUGCUCAACUUGGAGGCGUGCAAAACCGCGGAGGAGCGCGAGAGUGAAUUGCAGAAGCUCGUGGAUCAGAGCAAUGAUGUCCGCCAGCCGCUCAUGGAGGUUCUGCACGACACGGAUAACGCGAGUCUUGCUUCCGCCGCUCUGGAGUGCUAUCUGCGAAAGAUUUACCGACCCUACAUCCUGGCGAACGUGAAGCCUUGCCUUCAGGAUGUGGCCACCGCGUUCGGCUUCGACUUCACUUCCGAGUCCCCCGAGCUCCCCACCGGUCUGCGUCCCUCGGCCUCCUUCUCGUCGCUCGACAACUCUCCGCUCAUGUCGCCCAAGAGCCCAAUGUCGGAUUCCCCGAAGUCCUCGUUUGCCCACGGAAUCAUUCUCCAUGCGAAGGAUACGCAGCACAUCCGCUCGAUUCUCCCUCGCGCGCUGCGAAUGUUUGGAAUCAUCUCGGGAGGCGAGUCGUCCACCAACGCGAUCCACAUCGUUCUGAGCCGCGUUCCGGACUGUAUGGAGCGAGACGACAAGAUCAAAGUCUUCGAGGAGAUUCUCGAGCAGUACAGAUCGGAGCUGAUCACAGCUGGAGUUUCGCGCGUGACGAUCACGCAGUCUCCGUGCAGCUCGACGAUGGAAAACCGAUGGGAGCUCCCGACUUCCUUUACGUUCCGAAACCGACUGGGAUUCAAGGAGGAUCCUCUGGUGCGCCACAUCGAGCCGCCAUUGGCGUAUCAUUUGGAGCUGCAUCGUCUGCGAAACUUUACCAUUCGACUGGUUCCCAUCCCGAACCGCAACAUCCACUUGUACGAAGCCACUCCGAAGGAGGCUGCCGUGGUUCGCGGGUCCAAGCUUCCCAUUCGCAAGCGGUUCUUCGUUCGCGCGGUUUGCACAACGCUCGAUCCUCUCGAUACGGACACCAUCACCGAUACCUAUCCCUCCGCCGAGAAAACAUUGGUCGAGGCGUUGAAUGCGUUGGAUGUCGGUCUGGGCGAAGCUCGUUUGCGAGGCGACGACAAACUGUUUGCAGGCAACCACAUCUUUUUGAACAUUCUGCCUCCUGCCGAACUGGAUCCGAAUCUGAUCGAGCAGAUCAUGAAGAACCUCUAUCUCCGCUAUGUGCGGCGAUUGAUGGCUCUCCAUGUGACCCAAGUGGAGAUGCGCUUGCUGCCGAUUCUGACGCACGGCGCGCAGCCCAUUCCGGUCCGCAUGGUAGGCGCCGAUCCGACGGGAAUGGCGCUCCGAAUCGACACGUACGUGGAGACAAAGGACAAUUUCACGGGCUCCGUGAUCUUCACGAGCAUCAACCAGUCGAUCAGCGAUGCUGCUGGAGAAUGGGACGGACACUCCGUGAGUCUGCCGUACCCUGUGCUCGAAUUCUUAGAACGCGAACGUGCGUAUGCCCAGAAGUCGAGCAACACGCUCUACUGCUACGACUUCCUGGAGUUGAUUCAGCGCGUGAUGCUACAGCGCUGGAAGUCGUUCCUGCGCACCAGCGAAGCUUCCUCUGUGGUCAUGCCCAACACCAUCAUGAAGGCUCGCGAGCUGGAACUCACCGGCACGCCAGGAAACUACAAACUGAAGGAGGUGGUUCGCGGACCGGGCAAGAACAAGAUCGGAAUGGUGGCGUGGCAGCUCACACUGUACACUCCGACGUACCCGAAGGAGGGCAGAGACGUGAUAGUGAUUGCGAACGAUAUCACGUUCAAGGCGGGAUCCUUCGGAACGAAGGAAGACGCCUUCUUCAACCUCGUGUCGCAGUCUGCGCGCUCUCAGGGCAUUCCGCGCGUUUUCUUCGCGGCAAACAGCGGAGCCCGCAUUGGACUGGCCGAAGAAGUCAAGCAAGCCUUCCAGGUGAAGUGGGUGCGAGACGGAGAUCCCGAUUCGGGCGUGGAGUAUCUCUACCUGACCGCCCAGGACUACAUGACGCUCAGCAAAAGCGUGGUGGCGCAUCCUGUGAUGUAUAACGGAAGCAUGGUCUACGCGAUCGAUGCGAUUAUCGGAUCCGAGCCCGAUCUGGGCGUGGAGAACCUCGCUGGAUCUGGCUUGAUUGCCGGUGAAACGUCGCGUGCCUACAAGGAUAUCGUCACUCUCACGGUGGUCACCGGGCGAUCGGUUGGAAUUGGUGCGUAUUUGGUGCGUCUGGGACAGCGAACGAUCCAGAAAGCAGCGGAAGCGCCCAUCAUUCUCACCGGGUACGAGGCAUUAAACCAGCUGAUGGGAAAGCCGGUCUACGCCUCGAACGACCAGCUGGGCGGACCUGGAAUCAUGUGUCCCAACGGAGUGACGCACAUCCGCGUGGCGAACGACAUCGAGGGAGUGAACGCGAUGCUGCAGUGGCUGUCGUACAUUCCCCGCACCAACCACUCCGAUCUGCUUCCUCAGCCGCUGUCUGCCGCUCUGGAUGUCGUGGAUCGCCCUGUGGCCUUCAAGCCGACCAAGACCGCGUACGACGUGCGCAACCUGAUCGCGGGAACCACCGACGCGCAGGGCGAGUGGGUCAGCGGCCUCUUCGACAAGAACUCCUUCAUGGAGGUCCUCACGGACUGGGCAAAGACCGUGGUGGUCGGCCGUGCGCGACUGGGAGGCAUUCCGGUGGGCGUCGUGGCCACGGAGAACCGCACGGUGGAGGCGGUGAUCCCCGCGGACCCCGCAGCGCCCCAAUCCGAAGAGAGCGUGCUGCAGCAAGCGGGCGGCGUGUGGUACCCCGAUUCCGCCUACAAGACGGCGCAGGCGAUCGAGGACAUCAACCAGGAAGGCCUUCCGCUGUUCAUCAUCGCGAACUGGCGAGGCUUCUCCGGCGGAGCGCGCGACAUGUUCCAGGAAAUCCUCAAGUUCGGCUCGUACAUCGUGGACCAGCUCGUGGCGUUCAAGCAGCCUGUCUUCGUGUACAUCCCGCCGAUGGCCGAAAUGCGCGGCGGCGCGUUCGUCGUGGUGGACAGCCACAUCAACCCCGAGGUGAUGGAGAUGUACGCCGCGCCGGAAGCGCGAGCCGGCGUGUUGGAGCCCGCCGGCGUGGUGACGAUCAAGUUCCGCGGAAACGACAAGAAGGAAGCGAUGAUCCGCACGGACGCCAAGCUGCAGCAGAUCCAGAUGGAGCUGUCGGAUCUCUCGCUGGAGAAGGAGCGGAAGAGCGAGCUGCUCAGACAGCAAGCUGCGCGCGAGGGCGAGUUGGAAACCGCGUACCAGCAGGUGGCCGAGACGUUCGCGGACCUGCACGAUCGCGCCGAGCGAAUGCAGGCGGUGGACGUGAUUCGCAAGGUGGUUCCGCUGGAAUCGGCGCGCAAGUUCUUCUAUUGGAGACUGCGCCGCCGGAUGAUCGAGCUGAAGAUCUGCAAGGAGAUCGCGAAGUCGACCAAGAAGCCGAUGGAGGAGGCGAAGGCGCUGUUGGGCGAGUGGUUCCAGCAGAGCAACCAGCACCGAUUCAACCAGGAAAGCCAGUGGGAGAACGACGAGGUGGCGUUCCACUGGAUGGAGCGCGAGCAGGCGGACUCGAUCUUCCUGCGACUCAACAAUCUGAAGCGGAACCGAGUGAAGGAGGACAUCGUGCGACUUGGAAAGGAAAACCCGUACACCGUGGCGGAAGGAGUGCUCGAUCUGUUGUCCUCGCUUUCGGGAGAGGUGAAGGAGCGCGUAGUGUCGACGCUGAAACGCGGAGUGUUGCUGCGCAAUCAAAGCCAGGCGGAGUUUUACGAAGAUGACCGGCAGUUCAUUGAAUUUUAAAGAAUAGAUACUAUAUAAAGUGACAUUAGAUUGA